AUGGCUAGGUCUCCAUGUUUAGUUCCUUUAGCCAUUUUCAUGGUUCUCUUUGUACAAGCCAAUUUGUCAGCUGGUAUUGGCCAUAAUUGGAUUGGCAAUUGGUAUAAUGCUCAUGCAACCUUCUACGGUGACAGUAAUGGUGGAGGAACUAUGCGUAAGUUAGCCAGCGUGGGUGCUUCUGGCUAUGGUAAUCUCUUCAAAGAAGGAUAUGGGCUUCAGACCACAGCACAAAGCACUGCCCUAUUCAACCAUGGACUCACAUGUGGUGCUUGUUUUGAGAUCAAGUGUGUCAACUCCCCUUGGUGCUUUAAGAACGCGCCUUCAAUUAAAGUAAUCGCCACAAAUUUUUGUCCUCCAAAUUACUCCAAGCCUACUGGAAAUUGGUGCAACCCGCCACUAAGACACUUUGACUUAACCAUGAAAGGAUUCACGACAGUGGCCCAAUACAAAGCAGGGAUUGUUCCUGUUCAAUAUCAUCGUGUCCCAUGCAUGCUUCAAAAAUGGUGGUGUCAAGUUUGA